AUGGAUGACUUAUUGAAUCAAAAAAACCAGGAUAUUGUUUUACUCGCUCCAGGAAAUUCUGUUAAUCUAGAGGUUCCCACUAUCAACAUUGAUACGAACCAAGAGAAUAAUGGUAUUAAUGAAUCAAAUGUCGAAGAGGCAAAUGUUUAUCUCUCACGGUUGAAACUCAAUAAUGCGCCUGGGGAAGAACAACGUCAAGGAGAAAUAUACUUAACAAAGUUGAAGCAGCAGGCUGCGGAGAACAAAAUCGGGACUAAUCUACACCACCAAAGGUUAAGGGAUUCUACAAUUGAAGUGAGAGAGAAUGUUGACCAUAUUAAUCAGUAUCUUUUCCUUGAUGAAAAUGGACAACCACAGGACGCAGACAACACCACCUUUGAUUUUGGAAAUCCUGCUCUUAACCAAAUGUAUUCAUUAAUAAGAAGGGACUUGAAUGCAUUAACAAAUCGGAUGGACCGAAAAUUUAGUGGUGUGGACCGAAAAUUUAGGGGUAUGGACCGAAAAUUCAGUGAAAUGAAAAGACUCAUUAUGAGCCAAGAAAACCGAUCACAAAAUAAGCUUUUGGCAUCUGGAGGUGACACGGACUCCCCAAAUGCUUACCUUCCUAUUUGUAAUGAUCGUGGACAACACCCUACUGAUUGUGGUCUCGAACCAUUAACGUCGCUUGAUCAAAUUAAUAGAAUGAAUGGAAUAUUAACUGAUCAGUAUUUAAGCUUUUAUCAUCUAGGCACCACUCGUCUAGUUUCAGAAAAAAAAGCCAGAUUAAUGGAAUAUAUCGGAAUUCAUGAAAGAAUUGUCGUAAAUUCAGUACGUGGUGCACCACCGGUCUGA